UAUUGUUCUUGAUUGUGUUGUCAGGUUUGUUGAUUUGGCUGAUUGGCUGCAACUCUCGUUGCGGUCUAUAAUAAUUUGGGGGCUGUGUGAGGGCUUCCUGAGAAAUUUGAAGGCUUAAUUCCAGUUCCAUCUGCUCCAUGAAUGAAUAUUAGGAAACAGGAUAAUGUUUUUAUCAUAUCAAAUCUAAAGUCAAAAUACCCUGUGCUGCAGUUGGACCUUAGGUUGAUAUCAGACCUUCUUGUUAUCGUGUCUGCCACGUGUGGUGGAAUCGCCUUUGCUUGCCUUGGACAACCUGUGAUUACAGGUUAUCUACUUGCAGGAUCUAUAAUUGGGCCUGGAGGCUUUAGCUUUGUCAAUGAAAUGGUGCAAGUAAGGUUGAAACAGUAGCCCAGUUUGGUGUGAUAUUUCUCCUAUUUGCUUUGGGACUUGAGUUUUCUACUGCAAAGGCUAAUAUUGUCUGCCACCUACACUGUUGGAUGAUUUUUUCAGCAUCCAAAUAAGAUGAGGCAUCGAAAUAAAA